AUGUCUUUGCAAAUUGCCUCUCCGACAACGUCGACUGUUGAAGUCUUCAACGAUAUACAAUUGAAGAAAGCUCUAUUGGGAAUGCAUGAUGACGUUGUGAAUAGCUUGGGAUGGCACAGCAACACCAACAAACAGGAAAUUAAAUUUUCAUUUCGUGUCGCAUUCACUUUUGAGGUAGACAUAGAAUAUUGCAGUUUAAAUGGUGAAAGAAAGGAAAUAUUCAAACUGAAAUUUAUGCUUCCUGUGACGGUUCAUGAUGAUUCGAUUCAUAUGCUCUUUAAGUGGCAUUAUGAAAGUCAGAAUGAUCAAAAGGAGAAUCUCAAAGAACAUCAACUUUUCUGCUUUAAUUAA